AUGAAAACACCGCUUAUCAUCUUUCUAUAUACCACUUUUCUUUUUCUUUCUCUCUGUGUCGUACGUGCCACUUAUAAAGCGACUAUCUUAUUUAUUUCUUUUUUCUUUCUUUCUUUUUUCUUUCUUUUUCUCUUUUUCUUCCCUUUCAAUUUCCCUUACUUGCCACCUACGCUUAUCGUCUUUACUUCUUUCUUUCCUUCUUUCUUUCUGUCUUUCUUUCUUUCUUUCUUUCUUUUCCUCUUUCCAUUUCUUUUUCUUUCUUUCCUUCUUUCUUCCUCUUACUUGCCACUUGUAAAAUCCAUCAUUACCGAAAAAGCUUUUCACGAUAAAAACGCGAUAUUUCUUUCGUUCGUUCGUGCUUUUUUUCUUUCUUUCUUUUCCUCAUUACUAAAACCUUUUUCUAUUUUCAUCAUUUUCCUUUUUUACCUUCUUUUCUUUCUUUCUUUCUUUCUUUCUUUCUUUCUUUCUUUUUCGCCUCUCUCUCUAUCUCUCUCUCACUCUCUCUCUCUCUCUCUCUCUCUCUCUCUGCCUUACAUGCCAAGUGUAAAAUCCCUCAUUUUUAAAACCAUUUUUGGAGAAAAGGGACGCUUAUAA